AUGAGUAGAAGGGUUGACUCUCAAUCGCAGCAUACAGGGAGGUUCCAACAGAGGGGAUGUGUCAGACCUCAGGCUACUGGCAAGGUUUAUGCAUUGAUUAGAUCGGAGGCGGCUAGCUUAGGUAACCUCAUUAUCACUAGUUGUUUGGUAUUUGGUAAGCCGUGUGAUGUUUUGUUUGAUUCGGGGGCGACACAUUCGUUUGUGUCUGAGGCUUGUGUUGAAAAACUUGGUUUGUCAAUGGGAGAGCUAGAGUUUGAUAUGGUGGUUUCUACACCAACAACUGGUUUGGUUCGGACAUCUACGGUGUGUUCUAGAUGUCCAGUUGAGGUUGACGGGCGUAGGUUCCAAGUGAAUCUUGUUUGUUUACCUCUACAAAGGCUAAAGGUGAUCUUGGGAAUGAAUUGGUUGUCUACCAAUCGCAUUCUCAUAGAUUGUGGUGAGAAGAAGCUAUUGUUUCCCGAGGUUAAGGAGUCGACAUUGUUGUCUUGGGGCAAGUUUGGCAAGAGUUGA